AUGACCAACCGUCCGCCGUCUUGUAGAAGCGGAGAUACGACAGAAGAAGAUGAGAGCAACUCAAAGCAUGAAUGUGGCUGGCGAUACAUAGUGCGAAACUUCAUUCCAGCUUGGUUUUCCGUGAACAUGGGUACGGGAAUAACUUCAAUUUUGCUAAAUCAACUACCCUACAACGGGAAGUGGCUUUACUACAUCUCGAUUGUGAUAUUUGCACUGAACGUGCUUCUUUUUGUGAUAUUCUUAACCAUCACAAUACUUCGCUAUCUUCUCUACCCGAAAAUAUUCUACGCCAUGAUCACCCAUCCCGUCCAGUCCUUAUUCCUUGGUACAUUACCUAUGGGAUUCGCCACCAUUAUCAACAUGUUUUGCUUUGUCUGUGUGCCAGUAUGGGGUGACUGGGCGGCAUAUUUUGCUUGGGGAAUGUGGAUAGCUGAUGCAGUCGUAUCCUUCUUGACAUGUUAUUGCGUCCCAUUUGUCAUAAUGACAAGGUCAUCUGCCAUUGAUUUGCAGGCUAUGGGUGCUGCUUGGCUUCUCCCAAUAGUAUCCUGCGUCGUCGCAGCUGCGACAGGUGGUAUCGUUGCGGAAAUACUCCCAAACCCACAAUAUGCCCUAGGAACGAUUAUUACGAGCUAUAUUAUGUGGGGUGUUGGAGUACCUCUCGCAUUGAUGGUGAUCGUAAUCUAUCUUAUGCGUUUGAUGCUCUAUAAGCUACCUCCAAAGGCCCUCAUUGUCAGCACAUUCCUGCCUCUAGGUCCACUAGGGCAAGGUGGCUUUGGAAUUCAAAAAUUGGGCGCUGUUGCGCAGAAGGUCUUCCCUCUCACCGGUACAUUGAGGGCUGGAGCUGGUGAUACUUUGUACGACAUUGGUUUCCUCUUGGGACUAAUCCUUUGGGCAUUUGGAACACUUUGGCUAUUCUUUGCCAUUUGUGCCAUUGUUCGCGUGAGAAAGUUUCCGUUCAACUUGGGUUGGCAAGAGUAUGCCUUCGAAAUUCUUCAGAGUGCUUGGAACCAUACUUGCUUUGUGCGUUCUGCUGUUCUGGAUCAUGGUAUCUAUGUUCACAUUGAAGGGAGUUUUCAAUCGCAGUCUAUUCGUGGCGCCCUGUUUGAAAGACCUGCGCGAGAUUGA